AUGACCUUGAUUCCCAGCACCCCGGAUGAUGCCCCGCCGCCAUACACCCCCAUUGACCCACUCACCCCAGCUUCAAGCAACGAGUCUCCCAUCACUGUGGGCGCUGGUGCAGAGCAGCCGCCUGUUGACAAUGAUGCUCGAAUACCGCCUUACAACAACCUUGCUUCUAUUCCCAACUUCAUCUCUGGCGCCCCGUACUUUAGAGUGCGACCGGUUUCUCACGCAGAACCCCAGGAGUUUCUCCAGCACACCUUAACUAUCUACCCCCGAAGCCAGCCGAAAGACUAUCAUCGUUUCCCCAAAUGUCUGCGGCCACGUGGUGUCGAAAUUAUGCAGCAUGACUGGGACACAUUUCUAAAUUACUUAUUCCCACCGCAUUUGGCCCCAGCGGCUAGCCAGUCCCAUCUACCUCGUAAGCUCCGUGCUGAAAUUCAGCGUGACCGCAAGGACUGUGCCCAGGAAGGCGACGACGAGCGCCAAGUCAGAAUAGAAGCAGUCCUUGCUGAGUGGAACAACUAUUUCUUUUUACCCAGGUCAACCGAAAUCCUUUAUACCUAUGUGUCGCCCUCAGGACCCCAGCCUUCAACACAUCUCUGUCCAAAAUGCUAUCCUUCCACCGUGAGAUCAUUACCUGUACGGAGUGGGCCACAACUCGUCCGUUCUGCAACAACCCCUUCAUGUUCUAGAGCGCGCUCAGUUCCCCGCAGGCCAGUGGGGAAUAACCCAAGCUGUAAUUCAGCACUUGCGCCAGAAGUCAGCACUGUGAAUGCUCAGGGAUCAACCACAAUCCCGCCACCGAUAGAGAAUCCCAAUUCAGCAAGGGUAGGCGGCCGUGAAUAUGACCACAAAUUUGCGCCGGCAUAUGGAAUAGGGAACACCGCCAAUGCCAUUGUGAAUUGGGCGACGCAGCUUGGCGAACGCGCCGAACAAUAUGGCCAAUGGAUAAGCGACCAAGCUGUUGCACAUGGGAAACUGGUCGAGGAACGAAGCCAGCAGUACGGCCGGAUGAUCGAAGAGCAGGCCAAAACUAGAGGCAAAGAUUUUGAGCAGAAAGCGAAGCAUUUGUCAAGUAUGGGAUGGGGACGCGGACGAGGAAGAGGACCAUGGGGAAGAGGAGGGCCUGGAGCACACUGGGCAUAUUAUAAGGGUCCAUUUGGGCACAUGCACCCUCAUGGGCAUCGCUUCGGCUGGGGGAACCCAUGGGGUGGCAAUAACCAAGGAAAUCCAUUUACUCACACUCCCGCUAACCCAUGGAGCGGAUGGGAAGGCAACAGAAGAAACAGGAGAGCGGAACAUCGUCAACGGAGUGCAUCCGUUUCAUCAACUUCUUCAUCUUCAUCUUCAUCAUCCUCAUCCUCGUCUUCGUCAUCCUCGUCGUCAGAUUCAGAGGCCUCCUUUCUCUCCUCUCUCUCCUCAUACUCUCAGAGGCACACCGCAGGCCUUGAAGCCCUUAAGGAGAGGAUCCAAAUCAUUCAGCAAGAACAUGAACGGAAUCGAGCCCGUGGGCUCAUGGGUGGGGAGCGCUCGGAUAUCGACCACCUCCAGCAGGAACUCUACACACUAAGAACGGCACUUAAGCAGUUCCGCUGCACUAAAAAAGCAAGACACGGCGCUACUGCACGCAACUCCGACAAUAAUCCAACAGACGGUAACGAUACCACUAAGAAUAUAAAUUCCAAGGAGGCGCAACGUGCUCUCAAACAAGACAUACAGAGUACGAAGAAAGAAUUCCGCAGAUUGGUGGCGCAUAUUAAAGAUGAGAAGAGAGAGUUGCGGCGUAAUAGGCGGCAGAGAAAAAAGGAGGUCAAGCGCGAGAGGAGGCAGAGGAAGAGGGAGGAGAAGAGGAGGAAAAAGGAGGAGAAGAGGAUGAAUAAAAACGCACGCAAAGGCGUGGCUUCCGACUAAUAGUGAGGUGGAACGGCUUUUCAACCUUUUUUUUAGCUGUUCA